AUGAAGUGCCCGAGUUCCCCCAGCUGGGUGCACGCCUCGGCCGAGGUGGAGGGCAUCGCUGCCGCCAGCUGUCAGGACGUCAUAGAGGAGAUCAAGGCCAGGGUCACGGGGGACUGGCAUGAUCCCCACAACGGUGGCCAAUACUCGCUGCUGAAUGAGAGCACCCUUGAGCUGGACCUGAAGCGUGUGACCGGCAACAAGCGCUUCACUGACAAAAUGACCUUCACCUUCUCAGAUUUCCAGGGCAGUCGACCUGAGUGUGGCAUUCAUGCCUGCUCUGAGUCCCAGAUUUUCUCAGUGAAGGAUUUCUCCACGAACUACUGCAAUCUCCGUAACCUCUACUGUGGUACGGAAGAUGGCUGUGAGCCGGUGAAGCACGACUUCAAGACCACUGAGAUUGAGGUGAAGCCAUCCUCCUUCGCCGGUACGGACAAGAAGGCCUGCAUCGUCACCGGCGAUGUACAGGAAGUUCGUCCCAUGCUGCGGGCUACAGCACCCAAUUUCUUGGGUGACACCGUGGACGACACCCUGGCGUGCAUCAGUGACAAUUGCCCCCUGGAUGAGUCCACCUUGUCUCCCAGCCCCAGUUGCGUGUUGGGAAACUGCACCAGCCACCUGGCGAAGUGUCUCUUUUCGUCCAGCUGCCGCCAUGGUGUGAUGUGCGAGUUGAAGUGUACGGAGCCUCUGGCGAAGACAGAGGAUGCUGUGCACUUCGCUGGUUUGAUGGAGUGCAUGCGGGUGCAUUGCCCAGGCUUUCCACCCUCCAAGAGCUGUGCUGCUUUGCACUGCGGCGUUGAGGCUGCGGAGUGUGCGGUGCAUUCCAAGUGUCGCGAGACGUUGGAGUGCGCCGACGCGUGUGUGCCGGGCAAGUACACCGCGGCAUUGGCAGCACUGCCACAUGCAACCGUGGUGUAA